AUGUCAGGGCGAUAUAUCCUUCAAAAGCAUAUUAAAGAGUUAAGAUUUCAUUUCUGUCAAACAAGUAAUUCAAGUGAGAAUGUUAGAUUGUUUAUUAGAAAGAUAUAUCCUAUAUUAAAGAAGCAUAAUCCAUAUGUUCCUAUUCUUAUUCGAGAAGCAAUGGGUGUUACACCAGUUUUGUGGAUUCGAUAUGAGUAUGGAAAAGAAAAAAGCCUUUCCUUAGAGAAUUUGUCUGUAGAAGAGUGCAGUGAACGGAUAAAUUCUUUUUUAUUUGAGACUUAA